AUGCCCAAACUUGAAGGAAAAACCGCCAUUGUAACCGGAGCCAGCCGAGGGAUUGGCGCGGAGAUCAGCCGGCUGUUCGCGGCUGAAGGGGCGCGAGUAAUCUGCGCCGCGCGCACGGUCAACGAGGGCGACCAUCCGUUGGAAGGCUCGCUCUCCAAGACGAUCGCGGACAUCCAAGAAGCCGGCGGCGAAGCCACACCGGUGGCGGUGAACAUUUCGCUUCCCGAGGACUGCGAGCGCCUGGUCGAGGAGACCCGCAGCAUCUACGGGCCCGUGGACGUGCUGGUGAACAAUGCCGCGCUGACGUACUACCUGCCCAUAAAGGAUUUCCCCAUCAACCGAUGGAUGCGGUCGUGGGCGGUCAACUUCCAUGCGCCGUUCAUUCUCAGCCAGUUGGUACUGGGGGACAUGAUCGAGCGCGGUUCGGGAAGCAUAGUCAACAUCUCCUCCGGUUCGGCGGUGGGUCCGGGACGGGGGCCGUACACCACGCCGCCGAACAACGGCACUUGCUACGGGGCCGAAAAAGCGGCCCUGGAGCGUUUCUCGCAGGGGUUGGCCCAGGAAGUGUACGAGUAUGGGAUUUCGGUUUCGGCGGUGGCGCCGUCGCUGGUGGUGCCGACGCCGGGAACCGUGUUCCACAAUCUGGUUGAAGGGAUGGACGACCCUCGGGGCGAACCGCCGGAACUGCUGGCCCAGGCCACGUUGUUGUUGGCCUCCGAGCCGGCGGACAAGGUCACCGGACGGGUUUGCUACAGCCAGCAGAUACUGCUGGAAUUUGGUUGGAUUGACGAAGGCCGCGGGUGGGGUGUCGAUGAUACGCGUGGGCCGGGCAGCGGUUACAGCCAAAUGUAA